UUUCUUCGUCAAUCUCAGGACAAGUCACUACUCCUACAGAUCUGAGUGAAUCAAAAGUACAGGUUCUGUCUUCUCUUUGAUUAGUCCUUGGCUCGGUAAUAGAAAUCAGAGAUAAGUCUUUUGUUAAAGGGAUUUACUUGUUACAUCAGCAAACCCUAAAAUCAAAGCCCCAGCAAGAAACACGUGAUUCUUCCUCACGACACCUCCAUCGACUCCUUUUCUCCUUUGAGAAAUGGGUCAAAAGUUUUGGGAGAAUUUGGAAGAUCGGGCGAUGGUGGAAUCCACCAUAGGCUCAGAAGCUUGUGACUUUUUCAUCUCAUCUGCUUCAGCUUCUAACACUGCCUUGGCCAAGCUAGUUUCGCCGCCAAGUGAUUCCAAUCUCCAGCAAGGGCUACGUCACGUUGUUGAAGGCUCUGACUGGGACUAUGCACUUUUCUGGCUAGCUUCCAACGUUAAUAGCUCAGAUGGUUGUGUCUUAAUCUGGGGAGAUGGUCAUUGCCGUGUCAAUAAGGGGGUUUCAGGAGAGGAUUAUUCUCAGCAAGAUGAGACCAAAAGACGUGUGCUUCGCAAGCUUCACUUGUCCUUUGUUGGUUCAGAUGAGGAUCCUCGUUUGGCGAAAUCAGGGGCUCUUACUGAUCUCGACAUGUUUUAUCUAGCUUCUUUGUACUUUUCCUUUAGGUGUGAUUCCAAUAAGUAUGGUCCUGCUGGAACCUAUGUGUCUGGGAAGCCUCUCUGGGCUGCAGAUUUGCCUAGCUGCUUAAGUUAUUAUAGGGUUAGAUCUUUCUUGGCUAGAUCUGCUGGGUUUCAGACGGUGUUGUCUGUACCUGUGAAUUGUGGAGUUGUGGAGCUUGGUUCUUUGAGAAAUAUUCCAGAAGAUAAGAGUGUGAUUGAGAUGGUUAAAUCAGUGUUUGGUGGUUCUGACUUUGUUCAGGCUAAAGAAGCUCCCAAAAUCUUUGGUCGACAAUUGAGCCUUGGUGGAGCUAAACCAAGGUCUAUGAGUAUUAAUUUCUCCCCCAAGACAGAGGAUGACUCGGGUUUUUCCUUGGAAUCGUAUGAGGUGCAAGCAAUUGGUAGUUCCAAUCAAGUGUACCCUUAUGAACAAGGGAAAGAUGAGACAUUGUAUCUAACUGACGAGCAAAAGCCGAGGAAGAGAGGGAGAAAACCUGCAAAUGGAAGAGAAGAGGCUCUAAACCAUGUGGAAGCAGAACGACAGAGGAGGGAGAAGCUGAACCAGAGAUUCUAUGCAUUGAGAGCUGUGGUGCCUAACAUCUCCAAGAUGGAUAAGGCUUCGCUCCUUGCGGACGCAAUCACAUACAUCACGGAUAUGCAGAAGAAAAUCAGGGUAUACGAAACAGAGAAGCAGAUUAUGAAGAGGAGGGAGAGUAAUCAGAUAACUCCAGCAGAGGUUGAUUAUCAACAGAGGCAAGAUGAUGCAGUGGUGAGGCUAAGCUGUCCGUUGGAAACUCAUCCUGUUUCAAAGGUUGUACAAACAUUGAGGGAGAAUGAAGUUAUGCCUCAUGAUUCCAAUGUCGCUGUAACAGAAGAGGGUGUGGUUCACACAUUCACUAUCCGUCCUCAGGGUGGCUGCACUACUGAACAAUUGAAGGACAGGCUCCUUGCCUCUAUCGCACAGUAACUGAUAUGUGAUAGAGUGAAAGUGUUGAGCUUGUAUCAAUGUACUAUUAUUACUGGCCAAACCAAAACAAACUCGUAUUUAGUAAGAUCGUGUUCAUUGUACUUUUAUGUAAUGUUGAGAUUUGUCUUUUACAUAUAAAAGAUUUGAGCAAAAA